AUGCCAGCUUUUGUUUCUACAACUCUUCAAGUUGCCAUUAUCAUGCCUUCGAAUAGUACUAUAGACUUACAACAUCGUAAAGCAUGCCAGCAGUGCACCAAGGCGAAACGGAAAUGUGAUAAACAGAUUCCUACGUGUCGCCGGUGCAUCCGAAAAAGGGCCCAUUGCCAAUACCCAACAACGCGGCGGUACGAGCGUAAAGUCAAAUCGCCUCGGCAGCUUCGAGGCGCAAGUAACGAUACCGCCGGUCCACAAUUGCCAGUGCCCAUAGGCGAGGGUGCAACAGUUGAGCGUUGCCAAGCUGAACCAGCAGUCGUUGGCUCCUUCACUGGGUGCGACGACUCAGACAUGGCCCACCACUCCUUGGAGCUGUUGUCGCCGAUUCCUGUGCUGCCAGUCGCAAACCCGGCACCUAUGAGCAACCUCGAUGUUCGGUCCUGGUUUUGUGGCCCAGAUGCAUGGUCGAUGAAUCACCAUAUUCCCGCCACCAGCUCCAACCUAAGCUUGCCUUCUUCCGCUGUCAAUGCCUUGGCCUUGAAACAAUGGGUCGAGUCAAUUCGUGGUUCACUCCGAUAUUGGAUUGAAUUCGGCCAUAACAUAUUCAUUCACAAACAUUUGUACUUGCACAUCGGACUACCGUCAUCACUUCAAGAUGCGUGGAUGGCAUUGACAGCAUACCAUUCCAAGACGAAAGAAAACGAGGAGAUAACUCUCACAAUGGUGGGGGAUCGAGCGCAAAACUAUAUUCUACAACAGUCCCUGAUGGAUAAUAUAACGAGCACGGCAUCUACUGGCGAUGUUUGGAGUCAUCUUGUUCGCGUUCAAACUCUUUUCAUUUAUCAAUUCAUCCGUUUAUUUGAUGGAGAUAUACGCCAACGAGCAUUAGCCGAGAAACAAAUUCCGACCUUGGAUGCAUGGUCUGAGCAGCUUUGGCAACAAGCCCAGUUUGAUGCAGAGCUGAUGACGGCCCAAAGCAUCAUUGGCAGCGGUUCUAUUCAAGAUGAUGGCCAUGACGACAGCGAGGAAAUUGCUUGGAAUGAAUGGAUACUAAGCGAGAGUGUCCGGCGCAUUCGGCUACUCGUCAACUUUAUGCAUGGUGUCUACUUGACACUGCGGGACGGAUGGGUGGAAUGCAAUGGAGCUCCAAAGUUCACGGCAAGAAAGGGGCUCUGGGAUGCAGUCUCGUCGGCUGACUGGACGGUGCUGCUGCGAAAUAAGGGGCCAUUAUUUGUAUCCUUGAAUCAAAUUGAUCAGCUCACAAUCAUGGCAAAGGCGGAUGAAGUAGAGACAUUCUCAUUUGAUUUACUGUCGGCUUCCGUAAAUCAUGGCAAACUUGAUACUUGGAUCAGGACUUUAUAA